AUGAACGAUCCGGUUAAUUCAAAUGUUGAUGUAGCCACUAAGUCAAGCUAUCCGAUGAUGAUGAAUUUGGGUCAAGACUUAAAUUAUACAUGCAAUGUCAUGCAAGUGGACAGUUACGGUUGGUUGGUCAAUAAUACAUGGGACGGAGUAAUGGCUUUGUAUGCUAAACAUAAAGUCGACCUAUUGCUUCAUGGCACAAGCAUGCGAGCGGACCGGAUGAAAUAUGUUGAAUUCACCACGGAAUUGUGUACAAUUGACACACCAAUAAUAUUUCGACAACCAUCGUUGGCUUCGAUCUCAAAUAUAUUUGUUUUGCCACUUCGGUUGGAUGUUUGGCGAGCGUGCAUCGUUGCAAUGAUUGUUGUGUGGCUGUUGAUGUUGUCACAAUACAUUUACCCGGAAGUGCGACAACGAAUGUCGUAUCUCGAUAUCGUUGGAUUUAUCUGCGGAGCGGCGUGUCAACAAGCAACGCAUUUGGAUUCACAUCUACGUAAAACCUCUGGGCGUAUUCUCGUUCUAACCACAUUCUUUUUAGCACUGUUCGUGUUCAUUUCGUAUUCGGCAAAUAUUCUGGUGCUUUUGCAAAGUCCCAGCCAUGUCAUCAAAAAUAUUGACGAUUUAAUCGCAUCGCCGAUGAGGCUUGGACUGCAAGAUGCACGAUACGUUCGUUUCAACUUUCGAUAUGAGAAUGUCAGCAUCUUGAAGCAUGUGUAUCAAACGAAAAUCAAACCGUAUGGCGAACAUGGAUGGAUAUAUGAUCCGGCCAAAGGCGUUGAAAGGGUUCGCACCGAAUUGUUUGCUUAUCAACUGGAAAGCGCUACCGCAUACAAAUUGAUCAAAGAAACAUACUCCGACGAUGAAAAAUGUAGCUUGAGCGAAAUCACAAUACUACGCGUACCAAGGUUGACGGCUACCAUCGCUCGGAAUAGCCCGUACAAGGAAUUGUUUCGACAACGGUACGGUGUUUAUGUCGAUAAAUCAUGA